AUGUAUAUAUCUGGGCAGCAUCAACGAUUGUACCGAGCUGUUCGAUUUUGUUUGUUGAAUCGGUCUGGAUGGAGCAAGGAGGCAGGAUGCGUGCGCACAGUCGCUACUCAGAUGGCAGCGAGAGCGGCAGUCGCUAUGAGGCGAGCGCGGAGUGUCACAGGGCCCUUACGGCGAGCCCAUCCCGCCUCCGGGGCCACCUGGAAUGUCCAGGUGGUCCGGGGCAAGAUGAGUUCUCAGUGUCUGUGGCACGCGUGCAGAGCGCUGUCCGCCGGCCUCUUGCUGAUGCUGCUAGGAGCGGCAAUGGCAGUUAUAGGUUACUAUGCUGAUACGUUGUCAGUGGCUGAAGAAGUUCGUGGAAACUCAACUGUAUCAGUGAAAGAUGAAGCGAGAGGCUUUCAUCUCAACAACCUGUCUUACGCCGGACCCAUUGUUAUGGGAUUUGGAGGUUUCAUAGUAGUAGCAGCCUGCGUCAUGACAUUCGAGGCUCGUGAUAGCGCGGCCAAAGUGACCCCCGCGCGACCCCAGACCAUCCCGCGACCCCUACCUCGCCGAGGUCAAUGUGCCCCCGCGAGGCUGGACACACUCGGGGUGUACAGACUCCCCCACGUCCUACCACUACCACACUCACUGCCACUCGCACCAGUCAGGGUACGGCCACACGUUCAUAGACAGUGUAUGUACAGAACCAGUGGAGAUAAAGCUAGAAAUCGCGCACGUUUCGGCUCCGCUCCGGACUUGAGGAGCGGUAGCGGCCUCGCUACGCCGUCCGUAACCGCGCUACGACGGCCGCUACGACGCUACGCGCUAUCUGUAGACGAGCCGCCGCAUUCAGCAGUCAGCGCUAGUGCGGUGGAGUCCGAGUGCGGGUCCCAGUCUUCGUUGGCCUUGGAUCUUCACGCGAGCGGGGCCUGUGCUGGCGUCACGCUCAGGGUCAGAGACAACACGAGGAGACGACCGCUCGCCAGACAACAGAGACUCAACGAGGAUACUAUACACCCAUCCGGUGAAAGCGCCGGCCAUGCAGCCAACACACGUCAGUUACCGAGAAACAACGAACAGAACGAAACCGUGGGAACCACUCAAUUAACUGUAGAGCAAGAGGCGCGUGCGUGUAGUGCCCCCCCUAUAACUCAUUCCACCCCAACCUCCCCAGUACCAGCCAUCACUCCCCCCAUAUCUCCUAAACAGGACACAAACAUCAUCAUCGAACAGCCAGAGACAGAAUCCACGGACGAACCUCCGCCGGCCGAGUGA